CGUCGCGAGAUAAGGCGAUUUUCGACCGACGCAAAUGGCAAAACGAGCGUUUCAACAAACAUUCCAUACUCUUCUAUCGCGAGUGAAAGAGACGACUGUCGAAUCGUCGCCCCUACUUCAGUAAUCACAGCGGUCCACACAUGUGUUGUGGGCCAGAUGACGCGUGACGUCAUUCAUAGUACGUAGCUCUCAGAGAAAAGUGUUGUAGCUCGCAUCAUCGCGUUAUCGUGUAGGGGUUGGUAAAUAAAAGCCGAUAACGCUCACGGAGGACACUGUACUUUAUGAUAUCACACUCAACGGAGGCGUGUACGUGACAGUUUCCGGUCAAGUGGGUUCCAACUUCCAUUUAUUAGUUUAUUUGUAACGAAUGUUCACGCAAAUCGUGCGGAUAAAAUAUUGAAUUUUUUUUUUGUGAUUUAAGAAGACUGAAAAAUGGCUCUUAGCAGUUUAAAAAGCAAUCUUCAAUUCGCGACUCUAAAGACGCUAUCGUUGGUUUCCAUAAGUGUCAUGUCGCCUCAACAGAGCGUACAGGAGGUGUUCAGGACAGCUGACUGCGUCUGCUUCGAUGUGGACUCCACGGUUAUAAGGGAUGAAGGCAUUGAUGAGCUGGCCAAUUUCUGCGGUAAAGGAGAGGAGGUUAAAAGACUAACUGCCGAAGCUAUGGGCGGUAACAUGACAUUCCAGGAGGCGCUUAAAAAGAGGCUAGACAUUAUUAGACCUAGUGUCAGUCAAAUUAGACAAUACCUAGAGGAGUUUCCUAUUCGACUGACUCCAGGGAUCACGGAACUGGUAAAGCUACUACAAGACAAGGGUGUGGUGGUCUACCUCGUUUCUGGUGGCUUCAGGAGUCUAAUAGAACCAGUCGCCGAUAAACUCUCCAUACCGAGGAGCAAUGUUUUUGCUAAUAGGCUGAAGUUCUUCUUCAAUGGUGAAUACGCUGGUUUCGACGAGAAUGAACCCACCUCCCGAUCGGGGGGUAAGCCCCUGGUGAUCAGAAGAUUGAAGGAGCAGCACGGCUACCAGCGGCUGGUGAUGAUCGGUGAUGGGGCCACUGAUGCUGAAGCCAGCCCGCCCGCUGAUGCUUUUAUCGGAUUCGGCGGGAACGUAGUAAGGGAGGAAGUUAAGAAAAGAUCCUCCUGGUAUGUCACCAGUUUCCAAGAACUAAUAGACUCUCUCGCGGUUCAAACUAAAUGAGCCUUAUAGCCUAGAUUCUAUAUUCUAGAACAAAUUAUCUUAUAUGUGUGAAAAGUUAUCUGUGUGUGCGCGUCGUGAUGAAAGAUUUGUACUUGGAUGAUGUUGCAUUAAUUCAGUUUUAUUAAAAUAAUGAUGUGUAAGGUUGUGCGACAGGGAUGGAGAUAUGCGAAAUGUAUGUUCUAUCUCUGUUGCAUUGCUUUAACAUUAUCGUAAAUGAGAAUAAUAGAAAAAUUUCAUUGAAAUAGUGUGGUAUAUCUUAAAAGGCAUUUAAGUACACAGAUAUUGCCGUCUCUCUCUACAGAAAUCGUGGUCGAUUCAAAUUUUUUAGUGGUAUUUAAAUAUAAUUAAGGAUUAUUAAGAGAAAUGUGUUAGUUUAGACUUCAUUAUUUCUUAUAGACUUUUUUUUGCUUGAGCGGGAGUGAUCGAAAACAGACCUUCUCGCUCUAGCAAAGAUCGCUUUGGGUGUUGGAAAGAGACAAAAUUAAUAAACAUGUUUGUAUACGAGUUUCGGAUAUAUAAAGUUAUUUAUGUAAAAUGUAACAGAUGUUUUCAUUAUCACACAUUUUUAUACUUGUGUUAUGUUAAAUACAUUGAAUUUUGUUUAGCUUCAAAAUGUAUGCGCACAUUUUAAAAUCAAUAAGGAAUUAAAUAAAAAUGACAUAUGACAGAGUGUUUGGUUCAAUGAAGUAGUGGGUGAUGCUAGUAUUUAUUUUGUAUUAUAGUUGUAAUUAAUUUAAUUGUUCUAAACAUUUGAAACCUCUAUAAUUAACAUUUAUGAGUAUAUUUUCAUUAAUGUUAAUUCAUAUAUAAUUUUAUAAUAAUGUAAUAACGACGAUAGCAUAAUUUUAAAUAUAGGAUUUAUUAAAUGUUAGAAACUAUUACAAAUACAUUAAAAUGAUUCGUACAAACACUAGUUAAUGAUACUCGUAUAUUUGUGAUGUAUUUUUUCAGUAAUCCAGAAAAAUCUAGACAAAUAUUGUAGUUCAAUUAUAUUUUUAUAUUCUGGAACAUCAGAAACUGUUAUCGUUGUAACUAAUAAUAGAAUAUAAAUAAUAAGGAUGACGAGAAAAAUAUAUUUUGAAUAGUUUUAUAAAAGUAUUUUUAACUGCCAGUUUAUAUUGCGUGAGCAUGCAAUGUUAUUGUACUGAGAGUACAAACUGUUUUGAUUUUUAUCAGGACUUGGUUCUGUUUGGUUUGUGAAAUGGUUAUGUUAUUUAAUAAUUUUAUAGAUAGUUCAAUUGUAUAACGUUAUGCGUAAUGAGAAUAUUAUAUAGAUUUAAUUUGAAUGUCGAUUUUUGCGAAUUGUGUUAUUCGUAUAUAUAGUUAAGGUCCAAAUUACAAUGUCAAUUGUGGCUGUGUACUUCGUAUGUUAAGAAAUAAAGCCUUAUGAAUUGAAA